GAACAUUGUAGCGUGACUGCAUCGCACAAGCCAGGCUUUGAUGGAUCGCCAGCAAGGAUAUCGGUCGCGCUUCUCAAAGUGGGACAACAAGCUUGCAAGAAGGUCCCUACGAUUCCUUGGAUGGUGAGCAUCGCCCAUGUCGCCCACAGGAAAUCUCUUCUCGUCCCUUAGACAUGACGGAGAGCAACUCGCCUGCCACCGAUAACCUUCGCUACCUCCAGUACGACAUAUCCAAAGAAGAGGAAUAUCUGCCUUCGAUCCGCGCCUUGAUAGGCAAGGAUCUCUCUGAACCAUAUAGUAUUUAUGUGUAUCGGUACUUCCUAAAUCAAUGGGGUGAUCUUUGUUUUAUGACCCUUGACCCCUCUUCUGUCCUUAUCGGAGUCAUUGUCUCCAAACUCGAACCUCAUCGCAGCGGCACCUUCCGUGGCUACAUCGCCAUGCUGGCCGUAGUGGACAAGUAUCGAGGGCAAGGCAUAGCGACCAAGCUUGUGAGGAUGGCCAUUGAUGCAAUGAAAGAGCGCAACGCCGACGAGAUAGUCCUGGAGACCGAAACCGAUAACGCUGCAUCGCUAAAACUAUACGAGAGGCUCGGAUUCCUGAGGAGUAAGAAGUUGCAUAGGUAUUACUUGAAUGGGAAUACGGCGUACCGAUUGAUAUUGUACUUGAAGCCAGGAACAGGGCUGAAGAGACCUGAACGUGACGAAGCGGGGAUGGCCGCUGUGACCGAUGAAAUGUACGGGUGAGACUCGUAGGUCCAGACCGGCUAUGAUACGCAGAAGAGAAUGGUUUAAGACGGAACAAAAGACCUGACCUUCGUAUAGAACCCACAUGAGGCUCCACAUGAGGCUUCGAAGCUGAGCACAAGUUCCACUUCUAUUACUCAAGGAUGUACCUUAUGAGCCUGGUCGCGUAUAAGAAAUGACAAAAUAAGGGAAUGGCCCCUGGUUUGUCGUGGGUAUGAGAUCCUAUCUCUCGCAUUGUUAGGUCCAAGGGAUGCACCUGGAGUAAGUCUAAUGUACAACUUAAGUCAUCAUUUCUCGCAGGAAAGAAUGGACAGGCUCGAUUACAAAGCCGAGCAUACAAAAUGACAGUACCAUAAUAUAGCGCGAUUAGAUUAGCUUGAGCUGCGUUCUAUACAUGAUUCUACCA